UUUGUAAUCCCUGACAACAAGCUACAUUGAACCGUAGCAGAGGACUUGUCUUUCCAAGCGAUUUCUCCCUGACCGACAGGAAUCUGCUCCGACCCUAAGAAGAGAUCAUUGGACCUGUGCCUUCCUUUUUAGAUUUGUAAUUAAUCGGUGAAGCCAGACAUCACCAUGCCUCGUUCUUUUUUAGUCAAGAAGUAUUUUUCCAGCAAAAAACCCUACUACAGGGAGAGUCAUCUUGAGAGCCAAACAGCUUUUGUCCCAGAAAGCUUUCCAAGGGCUGCACUUCCAAUGCAGAACAACAGCUCCGCCCUCACCUGCUACCCCACCAUCCCCUUCUUCAGCAGCAUGGACUCCCUGCCUGUCCCUCUGUCCCCCAUCACCCCUGUUUCUCCGGCCCUUUCACCACUUGGCCCUCUGGACCUCAGCAGCUCUCCCUCUGGCAGCAGCAGCAGCAGCAGCAGUGAGGAGGAGGAGGAUAGCGGGCGCACGUCAGAUCCUCCCAGCCCUGACAUCAUCCAGCACAUCUUCCACUGUCUGCACUGCAGUAAGAGUUACACCAGCCUCUCUGCACUGUCCCACCAUCAGACCCACUGUUCUCCACACAGCAAAACACCCCUCUCUGCCCACUGUGGUCUCUACAAACGGCCGGCUUUCCACUGCAAACACUGCCCCAAGGAGUACACAAGCCUGGGAGCCCUGAAAAUGCACAUUCGCUCACACACUCUGCCCUGCGUGUGCCUCACCUGCGGCAAGGCCUUCUCCAGACCGUGGCUUCUUAGAGGACACAUCCGCACACACACAGGUGAGCGCCCCUUCUCUUGUCAACACUGUAAGCGGGCCUUUGCUGAUCGCUCCAACCUGCGUGCCCACCUGCAGACCCACUCAGAGGUGAAGAAGUACCAGUGUGGCUCCUGCUCGCGGACCUUCAGUCGCAUGUCCCUGCUGCACAAACACACUGCCUCAGGGUGCUGCCCGGCCUCAUAGACUCCCACCCUGAACUGUUCCCAUGAGCCAUUUUAAACUUUUGAUUCCCCCCCUGAUUACAGCCAAUAAGGACCGAGGACUGAUUUUUUUUUUUAAUGUCAUGUUGGAAUCUGCAGCUCGUCACUACUGUGUUCUGUCAACUGUGUGUGAUUUGAGGGCAGCUGGACAUGCAGUUAUUUCCCAGGAAACUCAGUCGGUGCCGGCCGGUCCGGGACUCUGGCCAUGUUGCAGCUGCCGGGGUGUGUUUGUGUGUAUGCGGGGAUGUCAUUCCUCACCAUACUAUACAUACAUUGUGUGUGUGUGUAUAUGAGCAAGUGUGUGUGUUGAGACAGCUGUCUGUGUAUGGUGUACUGUGGAGGCCGGGCACUGAUAGAAGUGUUAGCUGUGACCUCGACGACAGGUGACUGUCCACUCGCCCCUCCCAACACCACAAACACUUUCCACACACUCAUUGUGUUUAAUGGGAUGUGAAAGGACCACUUAAACUUGACCAAAAAACACAACUGGGUUAUUGACAUUUUAAAGUCUAAGUGAUCUUUUUUUAUUUAGACACAUGUUUCUUGAAUGAUUUGACCUACUGUUUUUAUCAACUAUUUUCUUCAACAUGCAAAAUGUUAAUACUGUGUCUUUUUCUGCCACAUGUAAAUAAAAGCUUUGUUUAAAAAAAAAAAA